GAACUGGCCACUUAGAUACGGUGGAACGUUGGAUGUGCUGAAAUCCGAAAUCUAGCGCUCGCUCUCCCAAGACCGUAGUCCGACUCGGGUCUGACCAUCCUGCUGUUUGCUUUUCUCACGCCCGCACUUUUUAUCUCUGACUGUAUUCUCUUUUCUCACAAGCCUGGUGCUCCUCCGAACUCUACGUACGUCAUAAAUUUCCAUUGAUAAGGUCAAUCCGAGAGCCACGGACGGUAGAUUUUGUUCUCGAGCGAGCGAAGCAGAUUGCUGGAGUAGCAACCCCAGAGAGUGGUGGGAGGACUUGGUACGAAUCGGGUCAUAGAGCACGCAUGCAGGUUGGCCGAGUUGACACACCGGCCAGUGCUGCACUUGACGACAAUGCGGCACAAUGUCGCCAAAUUCACGCUUUUCGCUUCUUUAAUGGGUGUCUCUGCGGUCGACCAGCAUAAUACCGAACCGGUAGAGCCAGUGAUUACGUUCGACGCCUUGGGAAGAGGAUAUACAGUAUUCCUACGGUUUGCUGAUCCACCACCAACAUUCCACUUCAAUACGAAGGAAGAUGUGACCAUAAACGCAAUUAAGUUGCAACGAUUUAUUGAGUCGGGAGAUGUGCAUGGAAACAAUGAUGAGCUCAUCGCCAUACAUGUAGAUAGUUCACUAGGAUCGGCGACAGGACCUCCAACAACAGCAACUACUAAAGCUUUCAACCUCCGCGCAGCCGAUCAACCCACUUCAAGCAAUAAUAAUGCCACUUUGAUUCUCAAUAACCAUACUAUUUCCAUUCAAUGGAGCGAUGUCAAAUCACCGGACUGGCUUAAACAGCCACUUUAUGUCAAGUGUGAAUGGACGAGUUCAACAGACACGGGCAAUAGUACUUCUCAAGUAUUUUCUGCCGUCGACGAUGUAUCGCAAUCAUCAGAGGCAGCGACGAAUGUGCAGAGGACAGGUAAAGGCGAAGCAAUUGGUGGCAAGGCUCCGGCUGCAAGGGAUGAGUUUACAAAGGCGAUUCCAAACCAACCCCCUUCGACAACAACCCCGAAUACGUCAACUUCUACUCCCAAUGCUACUCACCCCGCAGGAACCAUUAGCCCAGUGGUCGGCACAUCAACGCAGAAUGGCCUGAGCAAAGGCGCCACCAUCGGCGUCGCUGUGGGCGUCUCUGUAGCAGGCCUCAUCAUAGCCGGCGUCCUAGCAUGGCUCUUCUGGUUCCGGCGCCGUCGCAACCAAAAGAACAGCAAGACGCACCACAUGAUGCAGAGCUAUAGUUCCGACGUAGGCGGCCAGGCCAUGAUCACCGACAAAGAAAUGCCGGUGGUCCGCGAGUCGAACUCGCCGCAGUCCGUGUACGACAGCCGGCCGAGCGGCGACGUCUACGCGCCGUACUCAGAUCGCUCUACCACGUCGCCUGUACCGCAACCUCCUCAGCAUCAUCAACAACAACAUCACAGGACCACGAGCAGUAACGUCACGAGUGCUGCGGCGGCGGCGGCGAUACCUGUGUCGCCUGCUGGUGCGAGCGAGACGGAUAUUAGCUGGGGACGCGGCGCGCCGACACCAACGUCUAUAAUUGCGUCGCGGUAUGCGCAUCUUGUUGAGGAGGGUAUGACGGAGGAUGAGAUCAGACGGCUUGAGGAGGAAGAGAGGCAGCUGGACGCGGCGAUAGAGAAUGCCGGGAGAAGGGGACAUAACAACAAUUCCACAUGAAAGUCAGGAGAGGAGAAGGAUUGACCCGGGGGAAAGAAGUACAAUAUUUUUGUGAGUCCGCUUGUGUGACAGAAAUAUAAUCUCGAUUCCCUUCAAUUCUUCAGUUCCAAGGCUUCAUCGUUAGGAAGGCGUUUCUCUGUUUACUGUUUUUUCCUGUCUUUUCUUCUCGUUACAUAUUCACCGGAGGUUAAAAAAUCCAGGAAUCAUACGGGGCGUUUUCAAGGUUAUAUCCAUCAAGGGAGACGGGCACAUGAGGCUUGCGAAAGCCAUUCCCCCCUUUGAGCAUUCGUUUGUGGUUUUAGUUUUCCGCAGGCCAGUGUCUAGGAGGUGAUGAUUGCUCUUAUCUUUAGAUUUGAUGAUGUUGGUGGUGGUUUCGAAAGAACCCUAGCUUCGUUAUGUUUAUAUAUUACUUUUCGUGAAGACAACCAAUCAUCUUUGGUACCAUGAUGGCUCACGAGCCUUCUAAGCUGGUUCCACUGUUUGACACCGUCUCUCCGAAACGAAAUGGAGCUGGGGUCCUCGGAUUAAGCCGUAGAAUAUGGAACC